AUGAGCGCAAUCUUGUCUGCAGACGAUCUGAAUGAUUUCAUUUCGCCAGGCGUUGCUUGCAUCAAGCCAGUUGAAACACUGCCGCAGAAAUCCAAAGAUACUGAGAACCCAUAUGAAGUAACAACCGAAGAUAAGGUCGAGCCGGAAAACCUUCCCCCGGCGCAAAUCUCGUUAACGGAUUGUCUCGCCUGCUCGGGUUGUGUCACGAGUGCGGAGGCAGUCUUAAUAUCGCUUCAAUCCCAUACCGAAGUCCUCAAUACACUGGACGCGUUUCCCGAAAUCCCAUUAAUCCAGUCGCAAAGCGGGGUAGCCAUUGAGAAUGCUGCAGAGCUUGGCGAUGCAAAGAUAUUCGUUGCCAGCGUCAGUCCGCAGGUUAGGGCAGGAUUGGCAGCCACAUACGGUAUCUCGGAGCAAGAAGCGGGGUACAUGAUCGAUCAGUUCCUGCGUGGUCCCCAGGGAUUGCGAUCUGGAGGAAAGCAAGGCAAUGGCUUUACAUGGGUUGUGGACACAAAUGCGAUGCGGGAGGCUGUAUUGGUUCUCACUGCUGAUGAAGUCGCCGAGUCUUUGGUAGAAAACACAGCACACCAGGCCCAGAAUGCCCCACCGAAACGGCCAAUAUUGUCAUCGGCAUGCCCUGGCUGGAUCUGUUAUGCUGAGAAGACACAUCCUUUCAUACUUCCUCACUUGUCUAAGCUCAAGUCUCCCCAGGCGUUGUCAGGAACUUUCCUCAAGACCGUUCUUAGCAAAUCGCUUGGCAUUCCACCAUCUCAGAUUUGGCAUUUGGCGGUAAUGCCCUGCUUCGACAAAAAGCUGGAGGCCAGCCGUGAGGAACUCACCGAUGUCUCUUGGCAACAGAAAAUGACUGAAUCUCAUCAGCCCGUUCGCGAUGUGGACUGUGUGAUUACUACACGUGAAAUAAUUUCUUUGGCUUCGUCUCGAGGUCUUUCGCUCCCUGACCUACCUCUGAAGCUGCUUUCUCCCUCUGAUACCUUCCCAUUCCCUGAAAAGGACUUCAACUCAUUCGUAUCAUUCAAAGCCUCCAAGGCGGAUCAGUCUGUCUCAACGGGCACUUCCGGGGGCUAUCUACAGCAUGUCCUAACAACUUUCCAAGCUCGUAACCCUGGAAGCAGCCUGACCAUAAAUCGUGGUCGUAACACGGACGUUGCGGAAUACGUCCUCAUGUCUGGUGAGGGUCAGCCUAUUAUGAAAGCAGCCCGUUAUUAUGGGUUCAGAAACAUCCAGAACCUUGUUCGAAAAUUGAAACCGGCGCAAGCAUCCCGAAUGCCUGGAGCGAAGCCCAUCGCUGGUCGACGCCAGCCAAUGUCACGCAAUGCUGCAUCGGGGGCUAAUUCACGAUCCGAUUAUGCCUAUGUGGAAGUAAUGGCUUGUCCGGGAGGUUGUACAAACGGCGGAGGGCAAAUUCGAGUCGAAGACGCGCGAGAAGUGACAGGUAUUUCUCAACCAGCAGAUACCGGUGCAAGUGAAGCCACGAAGCCAACAUCACAUGAGCAGAGAGCAUGGCUCGCUCGCGUGGACGAGGCGUAUUUCUCGAUGGAAGGAGAUUCUGAGCCGGAAUCCGAAGCUCCGUCUCAAGCCCUCUCCGUGGUAGACAAAGAAACUCGAAUUCAUGAGAGCUUACAGCGCUGGUCUCGAUUCAUGGGGAUCCCACUAUCAAGUCUAGCAUACACGACCUAUCGCCAGGUAGAAAGUGAUGUUGGCAAAGAAAAGACUCCCGCGGAGGAAACCAACCGGGUUAUUGAACUUGCCGGGAAGAUCGGGGGUGGCUGGUAG